AGAAUUUGUAAUUAUUGAGAGAGACACACACAAGAAGAUGAGCCUCUCAGAUACAUCUAAGUUUAGAAGAUUAGUAAAAUGAAAAUGCUGUAACUGUAAUGAUUAGUGUAGGGUCCAUGAUUUGAUCACAGCCAAACCUAAUCAAUCACUUUACAAACGUAGACUUCACAAAUAUUUGUAAUAAUAAUAUCAUACCUCCAGGCUGAGGCUGAUGGCGCCACCUAAAUAUAUUCUUAAAUACCAUAUUAUUAAAUUGAGCUUGAAGAGCAAACUUUCUUCAAAUUCAUUGUCCAUGGGGUUCUGUAGCUGUACUCAUAAUCUGUAACUCCAUUACAUUCUUUAAUUUCUUGGCAGUGGCAAUGGCAAUGGCAAUGGCAAUGGCUAUGGCUAUGGCUAUGGCUAUGGCUAUGGCUUCCUUUUCUUUUUCUUUUCUCCACACCUGCACUUUAAAUCUUUGCUUUUUUUAGACCUGGACCUCCAUUUCCGGCCUUAAUCUAAGAUAUAGUCAAAGUUCCUGCUUUUGCUUUUUGCAAAGAAAAUUCUACUCUUUUAAUCACUUUUUCUUCCUUUACCCUUUUACUACUUCCUCUGUCUUCCUUCGCCAAUCACCAAAAAUUUUCACUUCCAUUUUUCUAUUGGAACCUCUCUCUUUUGAGUUCAAUAUAACUCUGUUUUGAGUGUGUGUUCUUUUCUUUUUUUCCCUUUCUUUCUUAUGGAAACAAUCAAACCCAAACCAUCUAAGAAGAGCAAGACCAGAUUUGCCAAGACAUUUCAGAAGGUAAUCAGUCUCAGGAAUGCAACUCGGAUUGCAUCUAGUAAUGGGAUCUGCGUUUUGGUUUCUCACAACAAAUUCAAGGAGGAUUCGAGUAUUCAUGGUGGAAAAUCCCAAAUCUUUGAGAGAACUGAAGAAGAUGUCAAAGCUCGAAACAGGGCAGUCAUGGAAGCUCUGGUUGCGAAGCUUUUUGCAAGCGUUACUUCAAUCAAAGCAGCUUACGCUGAGCUUCAAAUGGCACAGAGUCCUUACAAUAGCGACGCAAUUCAAGCUGCAGACCAGGCGGUGGUAGACGAAUUAAAGGUUAUUUCAGAGUUGAAACGAAGCUUUUUGAAGAAAGAACUCGAUCUCUCACCCCAAGUGACGUUAAUGCUUUCAGAGAUUCAAGAACAGCAAAGUUUGAUGAAAACCUAUGAAAUAACUAUUAAGAAAUUGCAAGCCGAAUCGGAGCAGAAGGAUAGCGGCAUUGUCGCUUUGAAGAAAAAGCUAGGCGAAUCAAUUUCGUUCAACAAGUCGUUGGAGAAGAAGCUGAACGCAAGUGGUUCUUUAUCCAUGUUUGAUAAUCUUCAAUUUCCACUGCUGAAUCCAACCCAUUUCGCCCAAUUCCUCCAUUACACCUUAAGAUCCAUCAGAAAUUUCGUGAAAUUGAUGAUUCGCGAAAUGGAAUCAGCAAGCUGGGACCUCAACGCCGCUGUCCAAUGCAUCGUCGAUUCCGACACCAAGUUCCCAGAGCCAACCCAUAGGAGCUUCGCUUUCGAGUCGUUCGUCUGCAAAACCAUGUUCGAGGGUUUUACAGCCGACGCCAAUUUCAUACUCCACAACGAUUCCCUUACCCAUGAUAAGCAGCUAAACCACCAAAUGUUCGAAAAAUUCAAGAAGCUCAAACCAGUAAACCCUAAAAUCUUCAUUUCUCAAAACCCCAACUCCAUAUUCGCUAAAUUCACCCGCUCCAAAUACCUCCAACUCGUCCACGCGAAAAUGGAAUGCUCUCUCUUCGGAAAUCUAAACCAGCGGAAAAUCCUGAACUCCGGCGGCGUUCCCGACACUACAUUCUUCGCCGCCUUCGCCGAGAUGUCGAAGCGCGUAUGGCUUCUACGAUGUUUAGCAUUUUCACUGCACAACGACGUCACCAUCUUCCAAGUAAGAAAAAACAGCAGAUUCUCUGAAGUUUACAUGCAAUGCGUUACCGAAGAGACCUUAUUUUCACCGGCGGAUAUGAACGAUUCCGCCGUUGGAUCCGGGUCAGAGCCCCGAGUCCGUUUCACCGUAGUUCCCGGUUUCAAAAUUGGAGAAACGGUGGUUCAGAGUCGGGUUUAUUUAUCGCCGCCGAGUCGCUAAAUUCCAUUCCCAUUACCGGUCGACAAGAAGAUUGAUUGUUCGGCAAAUCUCAGCCGUUGGAUGCUACGCUUCUCUGACCGUUAGAUCAAAAAACUUGAUUGCAAGAGAUUAGUAGUCAGCUUAAUGUAAACUAUUUUUAAAUUUUUUUCAAUGAAUUGUAUAAAUAUCUCUGUAUUAUACAGUCACACUUCUGCCAUAAUAUAUAUCACUACUUAUUAUUUAAUAAUAUGCUUCAAAUCAAAGCCUUCAAUUAGUUAUA